AUGCCUGCUACACAUCUCGCCAUCGCCAUUCCGACCUUCAUUGGUUCGAUGGUCUCACUCCUUGCAAGCACAAUCUUCGCUAUCAUCUACGUCGUUUUCCCACCCAAGAGGCAUUUCCGACAGGUCCUUAUCUGCAAUUUACUGCUUGCUGACUGGAUCAAUUCGUUCAACAAUACAGUGUCUGGCAUAGUGGUGCUUUCGGACUGGAGAAAUCGCAACUCUCUCUUGCCUGGACCGGGCUGCACAGCCAACGCAUAUAUUGGACAGUUCUCAGUACAAGCCAUCGACUUCAACAUCCUCGUCAUCUCGAUCGCGGUACUCAUUACCGUGCGGAAGAACAAUAUAGCGGCUGAACAGUCAUGGCUUACCUUGGCGGGUGUCUGUGCGGUGCCGUGGAUCAUGCCUAUCAUUACGAGUAAUAUCGGCUUGGGUCUGGGGAUCUACGGCCCUGUUACUGGAAAUUGGUGCUGGAUCACCCGCGAGCACUUUGGCGAUCGUUACGCACUCACGCAUGCAUGGCGACUGGCAAUAUUCGUCACCACGGCUGGGAUUUAUACUUGGGUGUACAUCCACCUCAAGCGCAUCUAUGGUCGAUUCGCCAUGAACGAGCGCAGCACGGCUUUGACCUCGAGUGCGCGCCGGGCGACGAUGCACGAUGUCCGUGUAGUCGAUGAGGUGGAGCUGACAUCGAGUCAUCGUCACGAUAUCUCCCAGGAUGAUGAGCAGCCGCUUCGGCACUACACGGCCAGGAUAGAUGUCAAGGAUGAUCAUUAUGUCUCUCACGAGACCACGCCACAAACAGCCUCCUACAAGCACUUCGCCGUCAUCACCGCGGCACAAGAAGUCUCUGAGCUGCCUGAGCGAUCACACACUCAAGGCAGCUCAUCCUCCCAGCACGAAAGCCAGACCGACGAACAGACAGCAUAUUCGACCUGUCAGACCGCUCCGAUCUUGUCUCCAAACAAGUCCGCCGCCACCACCUCAAGCACGAAACCAGCCUAUGUCCGCCCAACAAGCGACCUUCGCCGCAUGCUCCUUCUCAACGGAUACCCAAUCCUUUACAUCCUCCUCUGGAUCCCCGGAAUCAUGAAUAGGGUCUGGGAAGCCUUCGGCACCUCUCCGCUAUGGUUGCAAGGGUUGCAGGCUACCACGCAGUUCAUGGGGUUCGCUGAUGUGUUGACUUAUGCAUAUAACGAGCAGUUGCAUAAGAGGAUCAGCACGAGAUUGGGGGAGCGGAAGAACUUUGUGCGGUCGGGGGAUUGA